AUGUCCCAGAUGUCAACAGAUCAAUUAAAUCUUGGGCCAGCUGAUGACCCAGAAUCAUGUUCUGUGUCAUCCAAUGGUCCGGAGGUCUUUUCUUCAAUUUACGAUCAUUCACCUCCGGCUCAAUGUGAUCAACCAGGCCACCCGGUUCACCCGGACCUAUACCUCGGGCCUGAGGAUGACCUGAUGGCUGGGAUGCACGAUCAGUCACAUCCAGCCCAACCUGAUAUGCUGGGUCUAGCCAUCCACCCGGAUCUCUACCUUGGGCCUGAUGAAGAUAUUAUGACUGAGAUCCCAGAUCCAUCACCUCCGGCCCAACCUUAUCACCCAGAUGUACCCAUCCACCCGGACCUGUACCUUGGGCCUGAUGAAGAUUUUAUGCCAGAAUUCCCCGAUAAAUCUCUUCCGGACCAACCUGAUCAACUGGGUUCCCCCAUUCACCCAGACAUGUACUUAGGCCCUGAAGAUGAUCUGAUUCAUCUCCCAAAAUUGCUUGCCAUGGUCCAGGAUCUCCGGCCAUUUGAGUCUUACAAUCACAUAGGCAUUCAAUCCAUUCAAGAUCGGGUCCGGGAUUACAAACAGCGACACGGACAUAUUCCCGACCCAUCCAUCCAACAACUACUCGAGGCUGAGAGACCAUUCCGAACUGCCUGGGCAGAAACAUCUGACAAACUCAGAAGAGCUGAUGAAGACCUCCGGAGGCUGCAAAGAGCUGAAUGUUUGACUUUUAAAAUGCUCAAGGUAUUAGAUUCCCUCACUCUUAGGUUUGAAGAUCAAAUUCAAAUGUAA